AUGCCAGUGGGAAGCCGUGUACAGAAAGUUCAAGAGGUAAAGUUGUGUUUCAACUGCUUUUCAAACAUGCAUAUGGCGGAUGUGUGCAAGUCAAGGUACAGCUGCCGCGUGUGUAAUGGUAGACACAAUACGCUACUACACUACGAAAGGCAAGAACCUCAAGCCAUCGUGAAUGAAGAAGCUGCCACCGAAAAGGUAGACAAUCCUAGCGCGAAGGUGUUUUGUGCAGCUCAAAGAGUUAAUCAUGUCUUUCUAGCAACCACUAUAGUCUCAGUACUGGACCGUUAUGGGGAAAAAAGACCAUGUAGAGUAGUAUUGGAUAGCGGGUCGCAAAUUAACUUUGUCUCGAGGAAAAUGGYUAAGCUGUUAAAUCUUGCUCGCAAGAAAGUCGAACUACCAGUAACUGGAAUAGGAGCUAACCGGAUUCAUUCAACUGCGUGCGUUACCAUAGAUGUAUUAUCCAGAAUAAAGGAAUUUCAAUUUGCUUUAGUUUGUCACGUUCUACCUACCAUUGUAGAUGACCUUUCGCCUCAUGCGAGUGGUAAAGCCGAUUGGAAUUUACCAAAGGAAUUAAAUUCACAGCUGGCUGAUCCAUUAYUUCAUUCAUCAGGACCGAUAGACAUGCUGAUAGGAGGUGGCGUCUUUUUCGACAUACUGGAAACUAGAYGUAUCCGUUUAGGCACAGGAUCGCUGUGUUUGCAAGAUACCAAAUUUGGUUGGGUCAUUACCGGAGAAGUUGGAGCAGUAUGCCUGUUAAACGUUACAUCUGUCGGCCAGUCACUAGAAGAUGGAUGGGUUGCCAUAGAAAAUAGCAAAGACGUUAAUUGCUAUUUGUCUAAAUCAAACAAAAGGAGUCUGGAAGAAAGGGAAGCAGCAAGACACUUUCAAGAGACUGCAAAACGCGACCAAGAUGGUAGAUUCGUGGUACGGUUACCGUUAAAAUCCGAAGUAACGAAUUUAGGAGACUCUCUGAGGAUGGCGACAUCAAGGUUUUUAAGCGUGGAACGUAGACUACAGCAGGAUGAAUCCUUGAGAGAAGCAUAUGUCAGCUUUAUGAAAGAGUACAAAAACGCAGGUCAUAUGCACGAGCUAAACAAYAAUGAACAGGUAACCAAUAACCUUUUUUAUUUACCUCACCACCCAGUUGUAAAAUUGUCAAGUUUAACAACGAAGUUACGUGUCGUCUUUGAUGGGUCGGCCAAUAGUUCAACUGGAGUCUCACUGAUUAUGUCCUUAUGUGUGGGCCUACAGUACAAGAAGAACUAUUCAGCAUAUUGA